AUGUCGGCACCGUUUGAUCGUCGUGAGAUCGUGAUUGUUGACACCCCUCAUAUGACCCUGCCCGUCAUAAAAUCACCCUCAUUGAAGCGUCCGAGAUCGCUGGCGGGGCAUCAGGCAAGGCGGGGGGGUAUGCUCGCGAAGUGGGCUUACCCGAGCAACAUUGUCGGUCUCAGCUACAAGCUCCAUGCAGAACUUGCGAAGGAGCACGAUGGAGUCAACCGAUGGGGCUACAGGGAAGUGAACUGUGGCCAAUUAGUCGUCAGAGGCCGAGCCCUCACCGAGAAGAGCGCAGGGAAAGCCGAGGGUGGAAAGUCGGAAUCCCUCCAAAAGCGCAGCGCGGCCGCUAUUUCAAAAUUGAAGUCAACCAAAACUCCACAAGACUUGGAUUGGAUUGAGCCCGAACUUCUGCGGGCGUACGAGAGCAUGAGCGGUCCCGGUGAAACCGCGCAAGUGCAUCCGUAUCAAUUCACGACGUCCAUUGCAAAGCUUGCACAGGAGAAGGGUGCAAACAUCAUCUUUGGUCAAGUCACAGAUAUUGCACGCACCGAGAACUCGGUGGAGUCUGUGACAUAUACCGACAAGACAUCAGGUGAAGUUCAAACCAUCGCAACCACCGAUGUGCUUGUUGCCGCCGGUCCAUGGACCAAGACAAUUCUGCCGGAGGUGCCAAUCUCAGCCAUGCGGGCUCAUAGUGUUGUCAUCCAGCCCAAGCAGCCUGUCAGCGCAUACUGCUUGUUCACAAACAUUGAGAUUCCAGCCAACUUCAAUCCAGAGAAGAAAUCACGGCCCACCGUGGCAGCACCAGAAAUCUAUGCCCGUCCAGAUGCAACCGUCUAUGCAUGUGGAGAUGGAGACAGGGAAGUGCCACUACCAAAAACAUCUGCAGAUGUCGAGGUCGACCAGGAGCGCUGCCAGGAGAUCAUUGAACAAGUUGGAAGUAUCUCUGAUGAGCUGCGCGACGGUGAAAUCCGCGCCCGCCAGGCCUGCUAUCUUCCCAAUUGCGAUUCGGGUGGUGGCCCGCUUGUUGGUUUGACUGGUGUGGAUGGACUCUACCUUGCGGCUGGCCAUACUUGCUGGGGUAUUCAGAAUGCCCCCGGUACAGGCAAGCUCAUGAGAACUACAUGUAUUGUAUCAACAUCAAUGGAGAAGAAUUAUUAG